GGUGCCGUCCCCCCAGACCUGUUCGGGUCGGUGGAGCCGCUCCUGGCCGACCUGCGGGAGGACGGCGUGGCCGUGUGGGUGCUGGGAGCGGGGCCGUACCCGCCGGGCGUCGUGGCGCUGCAGGAGCUGCUGGACGCGGCCUCCGAGGAGCUGGAGCCCGAGGACGUGUGGGAGCCCGAGGACAUGAACGACACCUGCCUCUACAUCUUCACCUCGGGCACCACCGGCCUCCCCAAAGCCGCCCGCGUGUCCCACCUCAAGUCCAUCAUGUGCCUGGGCUUCUACGAGCUGGUGGGAGCCUCCAGCCGGGACGUCGUGUACCUGGCGCUGCCCCUCUACCACAUGGCCGGGUCCCUGCUGGGCAUCGUCGGCUGCCUCGGCAUCGGGGCAACGUGCGUGCUGAAGGAGAAGUUCUCAGCCAGCCACUUCUGGGACGAGUGCCGCGCCGAGGGCGUCACCGUGUUCCAGUACAUCGGGGAGCUGUGCCGGUACCUGGUGAACCAGCCGCAGCGCCCCGGGGAGCGGCAGCACGGGCUGCGGCUGGCGGUGGGCAGCGGCCUCCGCCCCGACGUCUGGCGGAGCUUCCAGCGGCGCUUCGGGCCCGUGCGCAUCGUGGAGACGUACGGGAUGAGCGAGGGCAACGUCUCCCUCUUCAACUACACCGGCACCCCGGGCGCCGUGGGCCGCUGCAGCUUCAUCUACAAGCUCUUCUCGCCCUUCGAGGUCGUUCGCUACGACGUGGCGGCCGGAGCGCCCGAGCGGGACGAGGCCGGACGCUGCAUCCGCGCCCGGACGGGUGAGGAGCGGGCGCGGGGCGGCUCCGGGGGUGCCCGGGGAGGCUCCGGUGGUGCCCGGUGCGGCUCGGGAGGUGCCCGGGGCGGCUCCUGGGGUGCCCGGGGAGGCUCCGGUGGUGCCCGGUGCGGCUCGGGGGGUGCCCGGUGCGGCUCGGGGGUUGCCCGGGGCGGCUCGGGGGGUGCCCGGUGCGGCUGCGGUGGUGCCCGGGGCGGCUCCGGGAGGUGCCCGGGGCGGCUCCGGGGGUGCCCGGUGCGGCUCGGGGCGUGCCCGCAGAGGCUCCGGGGGUGCCCGGUGCGGCUCGGGGGGUGCCCGGUGCGGCUCCGGGGGUGCCCGGUGCGGCUCGGGGCGUGCCCGGUGCGGCUCGGGGGUGCCCGGUGCGGCUCGGGGGGUGGCCGGGGCGGGUCCCGGGGUGCCCGGGGGUGCCUGGUGCGGCUCGGGGGGGUGCCCGGUGCGGCUCCUGGGGUGCCCGGGGAGGCUCCGGGGGCCCGGGGAGGUUCCGGUGGUGCCCGGGGCGGCUCCCGGGAUGCCCGGGGCGGCUCCCGGGAUGCCCGGGGAGGCUCCGGGGGUGCCCGGUGCGGCUCGGGGGUGCCCGGUGCGGCUCCGGUGGUGCCCGGUGCGGCUCGGGGUUGCCCGGUGCGGCUCGGGAGGUGCCCGGUGCGGCUCCGGUGGUGCCCGGGGCGGCUCGGGAGGUGCCCGGGGCGGCUCGGGGGGUGCCCGGUGCGGCUCGGGGGUUCCCGGAGCGGCUCCGGGAGAUGCCCGGGGCUCCCCGUCACCGUCGCCGCGGCCGCAGGUGAGACGGGGCUGCUGAUCGCGCCGGUGACCCGCCGGACGCCGUUCCUGGGCUACGCCGGCAGCCGGGAGCUGUCGGAGCAGAAGCUGCUCCGCGGGGUCUUCGCCGAGGGCGACGAGUUCUUCAACACCGGGGACCUGGUGGAGCAGGACGAGCAGCAGUUCGUGCGCUUCCGCGACCGCACCGGGGACACCUUCAGGUGGAAAGGCGAGAACGUGGCCACCACGGAAGUGGCCGAGGCGCUGCUGGCCCACGAGUCCCUGCAGGAAGCCACCGUGUACGGCGUCACCGUGCCAGGCCACGAGGGCCGGGCCGGGAUGGCCGCGCUCGUCCUGCGGCCCGGCCGCUCCCUGGACGGCCCCGGCCUCUACCGGCACCUGGAGCAGCGGCUGCCGCCGUACGCGCGGCCGCGCUUCCUCCGCCUGCAGGAGCGCCUGGACGUGACCGAGACCUUCAAGCAGCGGAAGGUGCGGCUGGCCCGGGACGGCUGCGACCCCGCGCGGGUCCCGGUGCCGCUGCUGCUGCUGGACGAGGCCGCGCGCGCCUUCGUGCCGCUGGACCGGGAGCGCUGGCGGCGGCUGCGCGACGGGCGGCUGCGCCUCUGAGCCCCGGGACCGGAGCCCGAAACGGGGACGGGACCUUGAAAUGGGGACGGGAGCCCAAAAUGGGGAUGGGAGCCCGAAACGGGCACCGGAGCCCGAAACGGGGACGGGAGCCUGAAAUGGGGACCGGACCUUGAAAUGGGGACCGGACCCGAAACGGGCACCGGAGCCCGAAACGGGGACGGGAGCCCAAAACGGGCACCGGACCCGAAACGGGCACCGGAGCCCGAAACGGGGAUGGGAGCCCGAAACGGGCACCGGACCCGAAACGGGCACCGGACCUUGAAAUGGGGACCGGACCCGAAACGGGGACCGGAGCCUGAAACGGGGACUGGACCUUGAAAUGGGGACCGGACCCGAAACGGGCACCGGAGCCUGAAACGGGCACCAGGAACCCCAAAAUGUGCCAGGAAACCCGAAACGGGCACUGGAGCCCGAAACGGGGACCAGAGCCCAAAACGGGGACCGGACCCGAAACGGGGACGGGAGCCUGAAACGGGCACCGGACCUUGAAAUGGGGACCGGAGCCCGAAACGGGGAUGGGACCUUGAAACGGGGACGGGAGCCCGAAACGGGGACGGGGAACCCCUAAUCUGUACCGGGAACCCCGAAUCUGUACCGGGAACCCCAAAAUGUGCCGGGAAACCCGAAAUGUGUGCCAGGAACCCCAAAAUGUGCACCAGGAACCCGAAAAUGUGUGCCGGGAACCCCAAAAUGUGCCGGGGUCCCAAAAUGUGCACCAGGACCCCCAGAUCUGUCCUGGGAACCCCGAAUCUGUACCAGGAACCCCGAAAUGUGUACCAGGAACCCAAAAAUCUGUACCGGGAACCCCAAAUCUGUACUAGGAACCCCGAAAAUGUGCCGGGAACCCCAAAAUGUGCCAGGAAACCCGAAACGUGUGCUGGGAACCCUGAAAUGGGUGCGGGGAACCCCGAAAGGUGUGCCAGGAACCCCGAAUCUGUACCAGGAACCCGAAAAUGUGUGCCGGGAACCCCAAAAUGUGCCGGGGUCCCGAAAUGGG